AUGCUUUUCUCUUUGAGCAAAGCGCUCUCUGCGGUUGUUAUCUCUUUUUGUCUACAGGCCACUGUCAUCUGUGCAAUUCCUCAUGGCUCUCAUGUGAAUGCUUUGCUGCCUCGAACGGAUGAUUAUAAUAAUGGACAAGUUGCGUGGACAGAUAUGACCUCUGGCGAUGGCCAGAAGGACGGCAAAGACACAAACGGUGUUCCAUACAUCAAGUAUCUUAUCGAUUACUAUGUCAACAAGGUCAAAACUGAGGAUCGUGUUGGUGUCUUUUGGACUGGAGGAACUAUGACGGAGGACGACUACGACAAUAUCUACGAGUUCAUCGAAUCAGAGACUCGGCUGAAUAAUCACGGCAAGAUCUUCAAAGACGUCUUUGAUAACGACUUCCUCAAGAACGAGAUGGGUAUUGAUACUAGCAAUCAAAAUAACCUCUACUGGCGAGGAAUUUAUCGAGCUAGCAAAGCCUUGGCUGCUGGCGCUACCAAUGGCAAGGCUUAUGUCUACCUCAAUCCUGCUGGUUGCCGAACUAUUUUCUCUCCUGCCUCGCAGACACCCCUGGAUGAUGACCCCGCUCAUGAUGGAGAAGCUACUGUCGGCGAAGUCUGGGCCUACGUAGAACUCCCGAUGCUCAUGCGAAACACAAACGUGAACCAGAUUAUCAGUUUCUACAAGCAAGGCAGGAAAUUCGUCACUAACAUCGAAUGGGACGUGAAUACCGAUACUCAAUAUCCUCGGAAUUAUCUUUCUGAUCUUGCCAUGGAUGCUGUGCCCAUUACGCUUCCAGCUAGUGCUAACCGGUCUCCCAUGAAACGGUCUGGCAUGGUUGAUGGGGGCUGUCUCGGACCCAGCUUCAAGUCAACAACCAGCGAUUCUAAGGCGAACAGAAAGGCUCGCUUCCCCAGCCUCCUCGCGAUGUCGGAGCUGGCAACCCUCACAUCAUGGUGCUCUCAAGGAAACCUCCAGGAUAUCGAGGAAUUCUUUACCAAAGGUCUCCCUGAAGUCUUGAAAGACGGACAGGUUCAACUUCAUACUGCUGAUUCAGGGACACAGCAAGCCAUCCCUUACAUCCUUCUCCUUAAUCGUUUGCUGAACGCCGCCUCAGAGGCUGGACAAGUCGAGGUGUUCGAGUAUCUGUGGGAUGAAUUUAUGAAGCAGCAAAACGUUCAGAUUCCAUGGGAUACACUGAAAUCAGCAGCUCGAGAAGGCUCUCUGGGACUAGCAGAGGCAAUUCGUCAACGGGAACCGGGAUUUUUCGCCAGAGGAGAACCAAAUGGCCGUCGAGGCAGUCAGCUGGGUAAUACGCAGAUUAAAGUCGCACUUCUGCGCGGAAAUCUUCAUUACAUUGAUUAUCUGCUUGGCCUCGGGGCAGACAUCAAUGAAAACUUCCCAGAGCAAAGCCCUUUACGAGCGACGGUCCGCGCUGAUAUUGACGAUGACAUUGCUAUGCAGCGCAUUCGUUUUCUAGUAGAAAGGGGGGCCUUAGUCAAGGGCUCUGGGGCUUUGAGAGAAUCAGCUCGUACGGAAAGAUAUGAUGCGGUCCAGUUUCUGCACAAGCAUGGUGCAGACAUUGAUGACAUCGGGGAUGACUCGAUAAACUUGAAUCUUUCCCGGCAAUCGGCUCUGAUUAUAGCUGCAACAAGUGGAAAUGAGCAGAUUACUCGCUACCUCCUUCAACAUGGAGCAAAUAUCGAUUACCAAGAUCAGUCGGGCCAGACUGCUCAAGUGGCCGCUGAGAGAAAUGGUCAUCUCAAAAUUGCAGAGCUUAUCUCAUCAAGUUAUUUAAAAGAAAGUGUCUGA